AUGUACCAGAAAGCCAUUAUACAAAAUAUUGUCUCUACAGCUCAAUUAAUUGAAGGAACUAACAAAAUAGAUCUAGCAGCGCUGGCAGAUAAAAUUUCAGAAGCAAAAUAUCAACCAAAACGUUUUUCCGCACUGACUAUUAAACUCAAAUAUCCUAUGAAAGCAACAGGGCUAAUUUUUUCUAAUGGUAGAAUAGUUUGUGUAGGAACUAAUUCGGUUAAGGACUCAGAAAUUGCAAUUAGACAUUUUGUCCAAAUUAUAAAAGAGGCAAUUUCAAUCUCAAUAGAGAUGCAUAGCUUUAGAAUCCAAAAUGUGGUUUCAUCGUUUUCAUUUGCGGGGCCACUAAAUUUACCAGGUAGUUUUAUUUCUGUAUAAU